UGGAUGGUGCUCGUCUUAGACGAGCAGGCGAGCCGCGUGCUCACGCCCGUGCUCGGCAUGUACGACCUCAUGGAGGAGCGCGUGACCCUCGUGGAAUCGCUCGAGAAGCGGCGCCAGCCCUUCCCCGAGAUGGACUGCAUCUACGUGUCCGCGGCGACGGACCGGUCCGUGCGGGCGAUUUGCGCGGACUGGAAGGGCCGCGCGGACGCGCCCUACGCCGAGGCCCACGUCUUCUUCCUGAGCCGCCUCGACGACCAGCAGCUCGCCAUGGUCGGC